AUGGCCGCACAGCGAGUGAACGUGCAUAUCCCGUCCCACCCUGCUGUUUUGGAUAGCGUGCGACUCCGUGACAUUGAACUUCCCCUCCCUGCAGCCCCAGAGGCAUGGCAUCGUCUAGGGAAGUCACAGCCGUGCACGGCGUCUUUGAAGCUUUCCUACUCAUCGGCCGUUGCGGCCGCGGAUGCGGAUGAUGUCUCUCUCUCCAUCGAUUAUGGCAAGCUCUAUCGCCGGCUAGAGGAAGAUAUUCGCCACAUGGGUCAGCACGAGGAGCACCCCGGCCAAUGGCUGAUUAGCUUGGAAGGUGGUCGACGGAAUUCAAUGAUGAAGAAUGACAUUGGUCAAGAUGUACGUCUGACGGCGGCUAUCGUUGCGAACUGUAGUUUAGGGUUGCUAGAUGAGACUACGGCCGGGGUUAGAAGAAUGUCUCACCUGCACAACUCCGCCAAUCGGGCCCCUUCCUCGGCGUCUCCAAUUGAUGGGGCCUUUGGUCAAUGUGAGGUGUGGCUACAUCUCCCCAAGGCCCUGCUACGUGCGGAAGAAGGUUUGAAGUACCGCAGUGUCACCGUUUGGGGUUACAAACAAGAGAACGGAGCGACCGGCAAUCUUCAGGACUCUGAACGGUGCCCUGUGGUUCUGGAGGAAGAAUUCCACAUUGAUGGUAUUCGAUGCCAUUGUAUUCUUGGGGUCAACUCUCACGAACGAGUUGAAAAGCAGGCGGUGAUCCUCUCGCUGGAGUUCAAGGGUCCGGGUCAGUUGGCAUGGGGGUCAACCGUGGUAGACACCUACCAAGCAAUGACGAAGGUUGUCGCAGAGCGCGUUGAGGAAACCUCGUUCCAAACCGUCGAAGCACUGGCGACCUUCGUCGCGCGUAUCGUGACCGUUGAGUUUGCCAACGAACGAGUGACUGUCAGGGUGGAGAAACCUAGCGCAUUGGCCUUUGUGGGAAGAUCAGGGGUAGAGAUUACUCGGUCCCAGUCAUUCUUUGAACGACCUGAUAUGGACGGAGGACGAUUACGAUUCAAUCGCCCUGCCCGUUUCUCUAUGUGCCUGUCUGCGCCCUCGUCCUCACUGUUUGCUAUCGUUCGCUUUGCUGGCCGUGCUGCCAACGCUCACUCUGUCUUGCUGGACAACUCCUACUCGCCUCGUCUCUUCUCCCUUGGAUAUACUGCACCGGCUGGACCUCGGGUUGUAUCAUCCCCCCGGCUUCCCGAAACCUCUGUCGACAAGGAAGAGGGAGAUACACAAAGAUUUAGCGAAAAAGAACAAAAAGGGCAAAUAGAGAUGUCGAGCACAUUUCAGGAUGACCUCUCCGUCGGCGACGUCUUCAGCCCUCAGGCUGACAUGUCACCCCGUGAUGAAGCCAGCUUGAGCAGCAACCAUACCGCCAACUUUCGGAUGAGUGAUGCUAGUCCUGAGCGCAAGCAAGGGUUUGUGGAUAAGGGAGGCCAUUCAGGUAAUGCUUUCCCGGCACCGAAAAUGAAUGCGAACCCGCUCUCCGGAAAGGUAGACAGGCGCAAGAAGAAAAAGCAACAAGCCGCCUUAGCGAUCUCGACCGUCCGUGGAUUCACCCCCAUGGGUUCGGGAGAUGAGGACUCAGACUUUUCAACUUCCAGUUCAAGAGCGCCGCGCUCCUCCGUGAAACCCGGAAACAGCCCAAUGGCACAACCAGUUUCGAACUGUGGUGUCAGCGCUCUAAAGCUCCAGCUUGAUUCGUUGAAUUUGUCCGGGGAUCGUUCCGUACAAGGCGUGCCAAGUGAUAUGGGCUCCGAGGCACCAAGCAACGCAAGUGUCUGCUCGGACAGCGACCAAACAGAGGUUCUGACCAGCUAUGAGGUGCCUCUGGAACACGACUAUGUCAGCGCUGAUGCUGUGGCAGAGGAAAAGUCCCACAACACGUCAAGUGUCCGGGAUAUGCGCACCCAGCUGUGCCGGAAGAUGACUACAGAUGACUUUGAGCCCCUGCUCUGUCUGGGCAAAGGCUCUUUUGGCACGGUGUUGUUGGUGCGUCAUGCGCUCACCGGCAAGCUCUAUGCCCAGAAGCAGUUCCGGAAGGCCUCGAUCACCGUCCACAAGAAGCUCGUGGAGCAGACCAAGACAGAACGUAUGAUCCUGGAGAGCGUCAACCGUCAUCCCUUCGUUGUCAAGCUCUUUUACGCUUUUCAGGAUCAUGAGAAGCUCUACCUUAUCCUGGAGUACGCCCAAGGCGGCGAGCUCUUCACGCAUCUAGCCAUGGAACGUAUGUUCGAUGAAGAUGCGGCGGCCUUCUACAUGGCGGAGAUGGUUCUCGCACUCGAACAUCUGCACCAGAACGUCGGGGUCAUUUACCGCGACCUGAAACCAGAGAACUGCCUUUUAGACCAUGAAGGCCACCUUCUCCUGACGGACUUUGGUCUGAGUAAGAUAUCAGCCAGUGAUGAUGAUCGCUGCAACUCUUCGCUCGGCACUAUUGAGUACAUGGCACCAGAGGUCAUCCAAGGCAAGCCAUACGGCAAAGCCUGCGACUGGUGGUCCCUGGGAGCAUUGGCGUAUGAUCUUCUCACAGGAUCGCCUCCUUUCAAAGCCAACAACCACGCCAAGUUGCAGGAGAAAAUUUUGAAGCAGAAGCUACCCUUGCCCUACUUCCUUGGUCCGGACGCCAAGGACCUAUUGACCCGUCUCCUUCGCAAGGAUCCCGCCAAACGUCUUGGAUACCAUAUGCCCAAGGACCUCCAGACGAUCAAGAAUCACCGGUUUUUCCGCAAAAUCGAUUGGAAAGCUCUCACACGCCGUGAAGUUACUCCCCCGAUCAUUCCCGUUGUCACAGAUCCCGCCCUCGCAGAGAAUUUCUCGAACGAUUUCACUCAUCUGCCACUUAGUCCGAUUGUGUCCUCUGUCGGUUUCGAAGAACAUUAUGCCGCCCGUCUGCGCGACAGUCAACGCCCCAUUUCGUCCGGUUACGAGGUAAUCGGAGAGAGUGAUCCCUUUGGAGGAUUUAGUUUUGUCGCUUCCAGCAGCUUGCUUGAUCAUGGUAUGGGCCUCGCGACUAGGGGCUAUUGA